CACACACACACACACACACACACACACACAAAACCACAACUCCCACAUCAAUAACAGUUGAAUCAAGAUGGCGGCUGAGGGCGAGUACGAGUCGAUCCUGUGCGUGAAGCCCGAUGUCAACGUUUAUCGAAUCCCGCCGCGAGCUUCAAACCGCUCGUACAGGGCAGCUGACUGGAAGCUGGAUACCCCAGACUGGUCUGGUCGAUUGAGGAUCACAGCCAAGGGCCAAGUGGCGUACAUCAAACUGGAGGACAAGGUCUCAGGGGAGCUCUUUGCCCAGGCUCCGAUUAAGGAGUAUCCCGGCGUUGCGGUGGAAACGGUCAGCGACUCCAGCCGAUACUUUGUUCUACGGAUACAGGACGACAACGGUCGCAGUGCGUUCAUAGGAGUUGGUUUUGGCGACCGGGGUGACGCUUUUGACUUCAACGUGGCUCUGCAGGACCAUUUCAAAUGGGUGAAACAGGAGAAUGAAAUCAGUAAAAGCGCCCAGCUCGGGGAUUCAGGACCAAAACUGGACUUGGGCUUUAAAGAGGGGCAGACCAUCACACUCAAUAUCGGGCAAGGUAAAAAGAGGGAUAAACCACGCCCACAAGGCUCAGGUGGGUUUGGACUCCUCCCACCACCACCUGGAGGCAAGAUAGCCCCGCCUCCUUCAUUAGGAUCAUCCAAUCACAACAUAGUCCCCCAGACGGGCGGCACACCGACAGGCUGCCUGUUGGAGCUCGACAGUAGUAACUCUAACACAGUGGUUCAGUCGAACCCUAGCUCAGAUCUUUGGGGAGACUUCUCUGCUCCUGCAAGCUCUGUUCCUGCUCAAUCCCGACCACAAGAAACCGGAAACUGGAUCCAGUUUUGAGUCAUCGGUUUGUGAUUUGUACAUCUCACCUGCAUCCGUGUCUGUAGCUUCCCGCGCAUCACACUUGAGAUUAACUCCCACUACACUGAUCCCAAAGCAGAGACGUGAAAUCAUCGUCGUCAUUUCAUUCGGAAAGAAUCAGAAAAAACAAAACAAAAGAAGCAUUGAUCUGUUGAAGCCAUUACACGAUAUGAGCCAUUUCCAGUUAUUCAAGGGCUAUGUGUGACAGCGUCCUGAGUUCCUCUUACAUGUGUCAGCGUCGCCCGCCCAGUAGAUGGCUCUCUAUGACGAGCAGAGCUUUAUCUUUGACCUGGCAUGUUCAUGUCACUGCAACAGCUCCGCCUGCAGGCACUGCAGAGCGCUACAUCCGAGGAAAAGGCACCAGUGCUUUCUGUAACCCGCUGUGAAUUAAUGUGUGAAGGCUGCACGGACUGUAAGACGAGAGGAAUCAUCAGUGUCAAUCAGCCUUAUUGUUUAAUUUUCCUGAGUAAUCUUUAAACUACAGCAGCAGUCUGUUUAACUUAUUUAAAUAUAGACUUAUAACACUCUUUUACCUCAUUUGCAGAGUUUUUCACUCAGAAAAGUAGAAAUAUUUAGACUGAACCAGGGAUUAAAUGGUAGUACACCCUCGUCCACGUGUCUCAAAAUGUCCUACAGGUCUAAUGUAAAGGUGCAAUUUCAAAAUAUCCAGAUUAAUAUUGCAUUAUAGGAUAUAAAAUCACAUUUUUAAUCGCAGAUUAAAUCACUUUAUCGUGCCAUCUGCUGGUAUUUAUCACCACAGGCAUCAGGCCUUUGUAGCCUCAGUAUUCAGAGCGUUUAUAGGAUCGCUGAGCUCACUUAGAGCGGGACGAUACACUGUAGGUAAGAUGUGGGGAGGACAUUAACAUUCCUUUCUGGCUUAUUAAAACUAUAAAUUUAUGUUUACUGUGAAAUCGAAUUUAUGUUUACGACUGCAUUCAGGUUUAUUUUGUUUGUUGUGUCGCUGAAAUCAGCAGCCACAUCCAGACACAUAUUUACUUAUUUUUUUUUACAUACUUUAAAGUUUAAAUAAGAAUUAAAUGCAUCGUGUUUGUUUAAUUUAAUUAAAAACUUUAAUAUAAUGAUGCAGAAGCUGUCUGACACGAGUCUGAAACAGUCUAGAUUUAGACAAUCUGAGCAAAUUAUUAGAAACUUUAAAAGGAGUAGUUCGACAUUUUUGGGAAAUGUGCUCAUUCGUGUCCGUACUGGAAAAUUAAAUGAAAAGCUUCUAAAUCUGAGUCUGACUCACAAUUUACACGGCAAGAUGGUUUGAGAGAGAGAGAGAGCAAGCGGUGGUUGAGUGACGUAGACAGUGAAUGAGAGUGUGGGAGCACCGGCAUCGAUUGUUUCACAGCGGUUACCUGACUCUAUCAAAAAGGAAAAUAUGCGCCUACCAGCACCUCCACGUCUGUCUAAUUAACUCUCUCACUCAUUAACUUGUGUGUUUAUAUUUCCCAAAGUGUCAAACUAAUCUUUUUAAAAAUGUAUUUUAAUACUAGAUUAUAUUCUACCGGUGCCGUUAUCCCCUACGUGGCUUAUCUCAGACUGUAAAAUGAAGUCGAAAAUGCUCUUUUUUUUUUUUACUAAAAACCCAUGUUUAGAAAUGUGAACAAGUCGGUCUCAGGACUGAAGAAGAUGAUUGUCUCACUUCAUCUGAUGAAUGUCUUAACGGCAGCAAAUGAUAUGUUGAUUUUUGUGCUGAUUGUGAAGUUUGAUGGUGUUUACAGGACUUUGACAUAUGAAUUGUCAUAAACUUUUCUUUACUGUGAAUUUAUUUUGUUUGAUUUAUUUUUUUUAAGGUUUGCUGUGAUCAGAUCACACAGACUGUAGCUGAUUGGCAUAGGGCUGAUUGAUAUAUGUUGAUAUGUGUGUUGUGUUUACAUUGCUCGUAUCGCUGGCUAAAAAUAUUUAAAAAAAAAAUAUGUCUCCCAUCUCUCGCUCAUUCCACUCUGGCUGUAAAAUCACUGGACUAACACUUUUAUGAUUUAUGACCAAUUUCACGAGAAAGAGGCAAUAAAUCCUUUCAAAGGA